UGGUGGGUGUAGUGCUGAGCAGUGAGCAGUUCCACAGCAGGAACACUCGGCACAGGGGCUGGCUGAGCUGCUCCCUGCCCGGCCGAGGGACAGAGCCCAUGGCUGGCCCCGGGCAGCUGCAGCGCUGGCUCAAUGAGGCCACUGACCCGAGUGUCUCCGAGGAAAACUGGGAAUGCAUCCAGCGGUUCUGCGAGCAGGUGAACGCUGGCACAGAGGGCCCCCUGUUUGCGCUGAGGCUGCUGGCACACAAAAUCCAGUCCCCUCAGGAGCAGGAAGCUCUCCACGCUCUCACAGUGCUGGAGACCUGUGUGAACAACUGUGGUGACAGAUUUCACAGUGAAAUGGCAAAAUUCAGGUUUCUGAAUGAGCUGAUUAAAGUGCUCUCCCCAAAGUACUAUGGAAUCUGGUCUUCAGAAAAAGUCAAGUCGAGGGUCACAGAAGUGAUAUUCAGUUGGACAGUCUGGUUUCCUCAGGAAGUCAAAAUCCAGGAUGCUUAUCAGAUGCUGAAGAAACAAGGGAUUGUAAAAGAAGAUCCCAAACUGCCAGAAGAUAAAAUUUUACCUCCCCCUUCUCCAAGACCUCAGAAUUCUAUUUUUGACACAGAUGAAGAGAAGUCCAAGCUCCUGGCCAGGCUCCUGAAGAGCAGCCACCCCGAGGACCUGCAGGCAGCCAACCUCCUGAUCCAGAGCGUGGUUAAAGAGGAACAAGAAAAGUCAGCUCAGGUGUCCCAGAGAGUGAACACCAUCAGUGAGGUUUCUGAGACUGUCCAACGUGUGGAGGAGUUACUGGAGAACUACAGGAAACAUGAAUUAUCCCCAGCUGACCAGGAGACCCUACAGGCUCUGCUGCAGCGCUGUCAGAGGCUCAGGGCGCUGCUGUUCCGCCUGGCCAGCGAGGCACUGCCUGACCAGGAGGCUCUAGCUGAGGUCCUGCAGGCCAGUGACAAGCUCUCAGGGGUGCUGGGGCAGUACAGGCAGGCUGUGGCCAGCCAGGAGAACGGCGAUGGAGCAGCUCCAGCCAGCUCUGCCCGUGCACCAGCAGCCCCACGGCGCAUGAAGAGCUACACACUGAUCGACUUCUGUGAGCUGGAGCCCAUGGCCCAGACCCCCCCAGAGCCCUGUGCAGACACAGCCUCAGGCUCCCAGCAUGGCACCACAGCCUCCAGCUGCCUGCUCCAGGACGAGUUCCAGUCCCUAGGUCUCAGCAACUCCCCUGCCAUACAGAAACCACCACCCAAUUUUGGCCUAGCAGAGCCUGCUGUACACAAUGGAUUUAGGGAAGGUGUAAGUGCUGUACAAACCCUGGGACCACAGGAGAGCCGGGAAGAUGGCUGUGCAGGGAAGAGUGAAUUCCAGAGCCUGGAUCAACAGCUCUCUCCACUGCCCAGGACCAAAACAUUCUCUUUGGAUUUAUCACCAAUGAAAUUGCCCUUUCCAGAUCUUCCACAUAACUCAGUGGCAGAUUCUCCACUCCUCAGUCCAGGCUACGAGCUGAAGCCUGCUGCCUCUUUGCAUCCAGCUUCCUAUGGUGCUUCUCUAGAAAACCUGUUUGUGCCUUUAAUUUCAGUUACACCAAGACUGGUGAAACCUGAGCUGCUAAAUCCCAAAUGCAGACAUUCAGAUUCCUGUCUCUGUCUUGAAGGCACAUGUAAAUCAGGGGCUGUGUGCCACUUGCUCUGCACUAUCUGUCCACGGACUGUGUAUGACAGGAAUGGUUUCAAGGCCAUGCUCCACUUCUCCAGAGACCCUGCUCCCGGCCGCCCAGACGUGCUGGUGAUGGUCCUGUCCAUGCUGAGCACCUCAGCACACCCCAUUAGGGACAUAGUGUUCCAGGCUGCAGUCCCAAAGACCAUGCAAAUAAAGUUACAACCAGCCUCUGGUUCUGAGCUGCCAGCCUUCAACCCUCUCCUCCCGCCUGCAGUGGUGUCACAAGUGCUGCUGCUCGCCAACCCACACAAGGACCGCAUCCGCCUGAGGUACAGACUGAUGUUCAGGCAGGGCGUGCAGCCCUUCAGUGAGGAGGGAGAGGUGACUGGCUUUCCAGAAGCGCAGCUCUGGGCCAGGAGCUGAAGUGCAGCUGGCUCGGACUCUGCUGCAGCUGGGGAAGGGCUGGGGACCAGCAGUGCUGGCCAGCAAUCCGUAAGGGCAGCUUUUCUGGGGCUCUGCCGCCUCCCUCCUCCUGUGUGCCCGGCGGGAGGAGCUGGAACUGGCUGCUUGUGCCACAGCCCGUCCGUGUAGCCGAGCGUGCUCGACAGGAGCCUGCGGUCCCGGAGCCGCUGGAGAGCACGGCGGGCUCUUUCCUGAUGCUGCCUGCGCCAUUUCCCCUCUCCUUCUUGAAUUAAAAAACAAAACACGAAUCUACACCAGCA